AUGUUGUGUUCAGUAAUUCAGAGACAGACAAGAGAGGUUUCCAACACAAUGUCUUUAGACUCAUACUAUCUUGGGUUUGAUCUUUCGACCCAACAACUGAAAUGUCUCGCCAUUAACCAGGACCUAAAAAUUGUCCAUUCAGAAACAGUGGAAUUUGAAAAGGAUCUUCCGCAUUAUCACACAAAGAAGGGUGUCUAUAUACACGGCGACACUAUCGAAUGUCCCGUAGCCAUGUGGUUAGAGGCUCUAGAUCUGGUUCUCUCGAAAUAUCGCGAGGCUAAAUUUCCAUUGAACAAAGUUAUGGCCGUCUCAGGGUCCUGCCAGCAGCACGGGUCUGUCUACUGGUCCUCCCAAGCCGAAUCUCUGUUAGAGCAAUUGAAUAAGAAACCGGAAAAAGAUUUAUUGCACUACGUGAGCUCUGUAGCAUUUGCAAGGCAAACCGCCCCCAAUUGGCAAGACCACAGUACUGCAAAGCAAUGUCAAGAGUUUGAAGAGUGCAUAGGUGGGCCUGAAAAAAUGGCUCAAUUAACAGGGUCCAGAGCCCAUUUUAGAUUUACUGGUCCUCAAAUUCUGAAAAUUGCACAAUUAGAACCAGAAGCUUACGAAAAAACAAAGACCAUUUCUUUAGUGUCUAAUUUUUUGACUUCUAUCUUAGUGGGCCAUCUUGUUGAAUUAGAGGAGGCAGAUGCCUGUGGUAUGAACCUUUAUGAUAUACGUGAAAGAAAAUUCAGUGAUGAGCUACUACAUCUAAUUGAUAGUUCUUCUAAGGAUAAAACUAUCAGACAAAAAUUAAUGAGAGCACCCAUGAAAAAUUUGAUAGCGGGUACCAUCUGUAAAUAUUUUAUUGAGAAGUACGGUUUCAAUACAAACUGCAAGGUCUCUCCCAUGACUGGGGAUAAUUUAGCCACUAUAUGUUCUUUACCCCUGCGGAAGAAUGACGUUCUCGUUUCCCUAGGAACAAGUACUACAGUUCUUCUGGUCACCGAUAAGUAUCACCCCUCUCCGAACUAUCAUCUUUUCAUUCAUCCAACUCUGCCAAACCAUUAUAUGGGUAUGAUUUGUUAUUGUAAUGGUUCUUUGGCAAGGGAGAGGAUAAGAGACGAGUUAAACAAAGAACGGGAAAAUAAUUAUGAGAAGACUAACGAUUGGACUCUUUUUAAUCAAGCUGUGCUAGAUGACUCAGAAAGUAGUGAAAAUGAAUUAGGUGUAUAUUUUCCUCUGGGGGAGAUCGUUCCUAGCGUAAAAGCCAUAAACAAAAGGGUUAUCUUCAAUCCAAAAACGGGUAUGAUUGAAAGAGAGGUGGCCAAGUUCAAAGACAAGAGGCACGAUGCCAAAAAUAUUGUAGAAUCACAGGCUUUAAGUUGCAGGGUAAGAAUAUCUCCCCUGCUUUCGGAUUCAAACGCAAGCUCACAACAGAGACUGAACGAAGAUACAAUCGUGAAGUUUGAUUACGAUGAAUCUCCGCUGCGGGACUACCUAAAUAAAAGGCCAGAAAGGACUUUUUUUGUAGGUGGGGCUUCUAAAAACGAUGCUAUUGUGAAGAAGUUUGCUCAAGUCAUUGGUGCUACAAAGGGUAAUUUUAGGCUAGAAACACCAAACUCAUGUGCCCUUGGUGGUUGUUAUAAGGCCAUGUGGUCAUUGUUAUAUGACUCUAAUAAAAUUGCAGUUCCUUUUGAUAAAUUUCUGAAUGACAAUUUUCCAUGGCAUGUAAUGGAAAGCAUAUCCGAUGUGGAUAAUGAAAAUUGGGAUCGCUAUAAUUCCAAGAUUGUCCCCUUAAGCGAACUGGAAAAGACUCUCAUCUAA